AGUAUAUAAAACUGUGGACGCUUUUUUAAUGGAAAAAAUAACAUCUUAUAAAUUAAUGAAUUACAUACUUAAGUAAAUCAAAAUUUAAAAAAUGGAUUCAUCUCACAUGUGUGGAGCUAUUAAAUAUAGAAUAUGUACAAGAAAGCCACCAAAAAUUUAUGGUGUGCGUACUCGAGUUCCAGUUCGAAAUGUCUUAAUGGUAUGCAAAGCAUUAAAUUUAGAAAUAGAAUUUAUUGAAAUGGAUUUAUUCGCUGGAGACCAUAAUAAACCUGAAUUUGUAAAGAUGAAUCCACAGCGUACAGUUCCAACGAUGGACGAUGAUGGAUUUUAUCUAUGGGAUAGCCAUGCAAUAGUCACAUAUCUUGUUAGUAAAUAUGGUAAAGAUGAUUCUUUAUAUCCGAAAGACUUAAAGAAAAGAGCAACAGUUGAUCGUUUACUUCAUUUUGAUUCUGGAAUUUUACUUCCAAGAGCACGAAAUAUAUUCCAUCCUAUUAUGUUGGAAAACGCCAAAACUAUUCCAGAAAAAAAUAAGGAACGAGUAUAUGAAGCCUAUGAUUUUUUAGAGGUAUUUUUCGAUGAAUCGUCGUCUUGGAUUGCCGGAAAAGAUUUAACUGUUGCAGAUUUAUGCAUAAUACCAGUUGUAACCACAUUAAAAGCUUUCCUGCCAAUUGACGAAUCUAAAUAUCCAAAAAUAUUAGCUUGGAUUGAAAAAUGUAAAGGUCUGCCAUAUUACGUGGAGAUUAAUAAACGCGGUAAUGAUGCUUUUGUUGAAAGAAUUAAUAAAAUGCUUCUUUCGUCCUAAAUGUACUCGUCAACAAAAAAAAAAAAAAAUAUCCAACUGAAAAAAUCAUCCACAGUUUUAUAUGCUUCAGUUAAAAUUUGGGCUUAUAGUUUGUAUCCAAAGAAUACUUAACAAAUAAGAUAGAUAUACAUAUAUCACACCAAUCAACGGGAGUAUCUAACUGGAUAAUAGUGGGAAUGCAUAGAUAUGAGAAGUUGAUUCUUGG